AUGCCUAGCUGCCUCCUUAAGAUGGACCUCAGGAAGGCUUAUGACACUCUCAACUGGGAUUUUCUCAAGGACAUGAUGGUGGCUCUCAAUUUCCUGCACCGGUUUAUAAAGAUCAUCAUGACAUGUGUUACCUCCACCCAACACGCACUGAUUUUGAACGGAACUCCCCUAGACAUGUUCAAGGCCAAAAGAGGGCAGCAGGGGAAACCGAGGAGUUUAAAUUUCACCCGGAGAUGUUCUAAAAUACAACUCAACCACUUAGCUUUUGUUGAUGACUUGAUGCUUUUCUGCAAGAGAGAUAAUCAAUCUAUUAAGAUCCUCACCCAAGGUGUAGAGCUUUUUCCCUCCAGCUCGAAUCUCUUUGCAAACAAUACCAAAUCUGGGAUCUACCUUGCAGGAGUUACUAAUGAGGUCCGAGACCACGCGGCUAGCAUCUUGGACUUCUCUUUUGAACACCUCCCAAUUAAAUAUCUUGGCAUGCCCCUUACUGCCAAACGAUACACAGUUGUAGAUUGUGAAUACUUGGUUGAUAAAAUGACAGUCCGUAUCCGCUCCUGGAUUGCAAGGAACCUCUCUUACACAGCUCGACUACAACUGGUCAACUCGGUUCUCAUGAGCAUCUCCAAGUACUAG